GCCAUGAAAAACAUGUUUUGAAUAUAUGAAUUAGCGUUGACGAUUCAAGCCGUGUGUGAUUGAAUUUUGUAAAUAAAUAUAAAAUUCUUUCUGGUUUGAAAUGUAUUGCAAGUUGGCAGGCAGGCAUCUGGAAAAACACGCAGAAGCAACCGUCGAUUUGGCAUCGGCAUCCCCACCUUCCUCAUUUUAAUUAAUUAUUAUUCCAAUUCCAAAGUUUGCGAAUCAGAUUUCUUCAAUUUUCUCUGUAACAAACAACAGAUCGUUUCUCUUAUUAAUCUCCUCCGGUGCUAUGAACCCACACCAACCACCACCUCCUCCUUAUCCUUCUUCAUCAUCAUCAUCAUCUGAUCCUUCUUUGGGGACUCACGUUAUGGGUACACCCGUCCCACCCGGUCAGUCAAACCCGUAUGUCCAAUACGGAGCCCCUCAGCCUCCUCCUCCUCAUCAUCAUCAACCUCGUCCCACCAAUGUUAACAUGGAUAACGUCCGUAAGAAGUUAAAUACAUGGGGUAACAAGGCCGAGACCGCUGCAUCCAACAUCUGGACCAAUCUGAAAUCUGGUCAAUCUGUGACUGGAUCGGCAUGGGGGAAGAUGAAUUUGACCGCAAAAGCGUUAACGGAAGGUGGGUUUGAAGCUUUGUACAAGCAGAACUUCACGACGUACCCACACGAGAAGCUUAACCGGACUUUUGCUUGUUACUUGUCGACUUCCACCGGGCCUGUUGCAGGAACAUUGUAUCUUUCCAAUAUUCAUGUCGCGUUUUGUAGCGAUCGCCCCUUGUCUUCCAUCCAACCCAACGGCAUGGAGUCAUGGAUCUACUAUAAGGUUAUUAUCCCAUUGGAGAAGAUAGCCACGGUGAACCCAGUUACGAUACCAGGUAAAAAGCAAAUAGACAAGUAUAUCCAGAUCUCUACGAUUGACGGUCAAGAUUUCUGGUUCAUGGGUUUCGUGAAUCAUGAUAAAGCAUCGAAGCAUCUCCUCAACGGUGUGGCCACUUGUGUUAAGUCUAUCCCAUUUGUUCCAUGAAAUAUGUUAUUGUGUUUCAUAGACAAAUAAAAAUGCUUUGUGUGUCUGUAUUAUUCUUUGAUUUCAUCAACAUACAACACUAUGAGUGUUCUGAUUUUGUACAAGAUACUGUCUGGUGUUUGAAUGCAGUUCUAGGUUGGUUGUCACA